CUGAGGAGAGACGCUGCGCAGAGAGGAGCUGAGGAGACGGACGAGGAGCCAACACACUCUCAUGUGGUUUAUUUACACACAUAUGUAUCUACAGAAUCAGUGUGACGCUGGUCUGAGCCUCUGGGUGCGUGUCUCCCGCUAAAAGACGCACGGACAGGACGCAUCCAACGCUCUUUAUCCACCCGAGUGUUCCGGACUUGUGGACAUAUACUGGAGUAAAAUCACUGGUUCGGACGCACUGGGAAUCUGCGGCGGAUGGGAUGUUGGGACAAGAAUCAUCCUGAGAGAUUCUGCUGCUUCAUUUUUCAUCCAGGAACAGACAAGUGCGCCGUUUUCCUCCUGAACGCAAAUGUCUCCACAUCACAGACUCAGCCCUGGAUUGUAGCAGCGGCCCCCCCGAUGGUCUGAACAAGGGCGUUAAGGUGCGGGAAGGGAGUGGGACAAUUACAGGAUGAGUGAGCGAUACACGCACAUCGGAAGUAAAGUGGCUCUACUCGUGAUGGUGCUCGUGGUCAGUGUCUGGGAGAUGACCGUACCAGCGGAAGGAGCUGCAGCAGCGCACGAGGUCCGAACGGGCACCUGCGAGGUGGUGGCGCUGCACCGCUGCUGCAACAAGAACAAAAUCGAGGAGCGGUCGCAAACUGUGAAGUGCUCCUGCUUUCCUGGGCAAGUGGCCGGCACCACCAGAGCCGCCCCGUCGUGUGUAGAUGCCUCGAUAGUGGAGCAGAAGUGGUGGUGCCAGAUGCACCCGUGCCUCGACGGGGAGGAAUGCAAAGUCCUUCCUGAUCUGAAGGGCUGGAGCUGUGCUACAGGGAACAAGAUCAAAACCACUAAGAUUUCUGCGGACAAAGAGCAGCUCUGGUAACAACAGAUGCUUCACGGAAGAGUCCAGGUGAAUCAACGGUUCUGGUCUCUGAUGGAUCAUCGGAGGAGAAAUGAAUAAUGCUGAGGACCUUCGUGUAUAUAGAGACUCUUUCUUCUGGACUGCAGUUAAUCCUUGGAAAACUCUGAAUGCUUCUUCUUGAACUCAAUGGACAUGAAACAGAGGAGUAGAUUCCAAUAAAACUACUGAUCAUUCAACACUUCUUUUUGGAGGACUAGCCUUAACGGACAACAGGAUUUAUUCUCUGACAUUGUUACUGCUCGUAGUGGAAUACAAAAGGUGAACUUUGCUUAUGUGUUAAUUUGUAGAGUACUAAGUUCUUUAUAGGGGAAUUUCCAUCACAAGUUGACGGGGGUGAACAGCGUGUCGGUUUGUUGAAAGCAGAUCUUCAUACGGAUUGUGAUUUUGUUUCAUCAGUCAGUUGUGACUUUCAUAUCCAACUAACUGUAUUUUCAAAUGAAUAUGAAAACAUGUGGCGAGGCAGCAGAUAUUCAGGGUGAUCUCAAACAAAAAACCACAUUCAUCAAUGUACCACACAAGGCCAGCUGAAGUACACCAGUGCUAUAAAAGAGCUGCAAAUCUUAAUCAUCAGGAAUCCUUCAAAUUUUGCUUAAAGAUAACCGGUCCAUGAUUAUUUCUUGGGGAACAGGGUCUGUGUGCUGUUUAUUUCUAGGACAUUUCAGUCUCCAGAAAUUGCUGCAGAGUGAGCGCUCUUCACCCUCACUAGCAGUUGAGUCGUUGAGCGACUCAGUAGUGUAUCAGGCUUUUGUUUGAUAUCUAGGAUCAACUUAAAGGUUAUGGCACAUUUAUUCAUUGGCGUAUUUUGGAUGCUUCCGCUUGAAUGGAUAACUUGGCUUGUUUAAUGUAUCAUGAGAACAACACGAUCACCCUGAACGUCCUGCCGAACCCUAAUGAAAGAUCUGGCAGUUCAGGAAUUUCAGGCUUGAAGAGCGAUUCCACUGACCAAAUUCUCAGUUACAGCACAAACUGAUCAGACCAACAAGCUGUUAACGGUCAGAAAGUUGGAUCCGCUCUUGGUUCAUGUUUUCUCUGAAAAUGACUCUGCCAUUUCCUGCCUCUUUUACCAGAUUUUGUGUUUCUAAGUCACAGCUCGGGUUCGGAUUCCAUACUGCGGGAUACGACAACGAUCCCAAAACGGUUUUCAACUAGUUACUCAAGUAUGAUUUGCUGAUCACCUUUAAGUAGGUAUCGCUGAACACUUCUUUUGUCUGUGUA